CUAUAGUAUCUAUAGCCGUGCUUUAUAGAUAUUUUCCAUAGAUAUAAAAAACAAUUCAUGAUAUUUUCAAAUAAAAUAUUAUUUUAUCAAAAUAUUUUUCGGAUUAUUUAUUUUUCGACAUUUCGACACUAUGGAGUAACUGUACCCGUCCUUCUUGAAACACUGAUAAGGUAUAGACGGCCAUAGAUAAUGUGUAAUAAUAUAUAUUAAAUAUGUGGAUAACUAUCCCACGGCCUAUCUUCACGAUGAAGAGAAGGUCUUGACGGCGAUCUUUCCUCUAACUUCUCUUAAGGUAUUAUCUUCAUUAUUUUAAUUUGAUAAACGGCGAUAUUGUAGUUUGAUGCCUACCUGCGAACGGCAAAUUGCAAUUUUCAAUUGCGAUAUUUUAUGUGUAAAUUAAAAUUUUAAAUUUGACGCAAGACGUUCAAAUGUUAUAUUCACUUUUUUUAAUUGUUAAAUUUAUGAUGAUUAAAGUGUUAACAAAAAUACCAUUAAUAAAAUCAUUAGUGAAAUUACGUGCUCGACAAAUUACUAUUGUCGAGACAGUUGAACAAUGUGAACAAAUAGCGGUAAAACUUGAAAAGUAAAUAGUACAAUUUUUAAAUUAACUUGAUUAUUUAUUUAAAGAACACAUUUUCAGAUCGUCUACUUACUUACCAAUUAUUGGAUUAGAUUGUGAGUGGGUAUCACAAAAUGAAAUUCGUCAUCCUGUAGCGUUGUUACAAAUUUCUGAUGCCAAUGGAAUAUGUUCCUUGAUUAGAUUGUCUAAAUUUAAAACUAUUCCUUCAUCAUUAUCUGUAAGAAUAUUAUUAUUAAAUUAUAUUUAUAUUUCUAAUAUGAAUUGUAAUAUUAUUUAUAAUUAUUGUAGAAAAUUCUAAGCAAUCCUAAUGUAAUUAAAGUUGGUGUUGCUAUAUCAGAUGAUGCUCACCUGCUUAUGAAUGAUUAUAAUUUAGAAAUAUCAGGAUACAUUGAUUUGAGAUUUUUAGCAAGAGAAUUUCAUUUACAAGAAAGAAGCUUAGCGGCUCUAGCAUAUAAACUACUAGGUUGUGAAUUAGAUAAAGAUUGGCGUGUUCGAGCUAGUGACUGGGAAGCAGACUUAUUGAGUAAUCGACAAAUUGAAUAUGCUGCAUUAGAUGCUUAUAUAGGGUUCAAAAUUUUAGAGAAACUUAGAAACAAAACAGUAAUUUAUAUUAAAUAAUGUUAACCAAUAAACCAAUAAAUUGUAUACAUUUACAUUUCAAUAGAUAUCGUGGCGGGACUGGCUGUUUUCAACAAACAAACAAAAAUGGGAUAAGUUCAUAUUUAAGUAUUCAGAAUUUAAAAAUGUACCUUUUAAGAAUGUUCGAACCAAUGCCAAUAUUAAUUCUAAAUCCAAACCAAAUGUUCGUUCAUAUUCAACAUCUACAAUAAAAGCCGCUAAAGUCUAUGACAAUUGUUUGAUGGAAAAUAUUGAUGGAACUGUAAUGUCAACUUGUAGUCAUAAAAAAGUCGAUUGGUAUAACUUUUAUGGUAAAUUAUUAUGUACAUACAAAAUUAAUAUUUGUAUUCAUUACUUAUUAUUUACAGGUACAUUACUCAAGGUUUAGCUGAAUUGGUAAAUGAUAAUCCAAGAACUAUAAGACUUAAUUUCCCUGCAGACUUUAAAAAUCGAAAUGAUAAUUUUUCUGUUCUUCCCAGAGCAGAUAUUUGUACAGUUUGUGGUCGUACAGAAUAUUUUCGUAAGAAAAGCAUAAUUCCUAAAGAAUUUGUUCGAUACAUGCCAAGUAUGUUUUAAACUUAUGUUUUUGUAAAAGACUAUAUUAAUAGGUAUAUUUUAAUUGUAGCCUCAGCCAAGAGUCACAUAACUCAUGACACAUUGUUAUUAUGUUAUUGGUGUCAUAUAAAAUCAAAUACAUUUGAUUUUGCAAUACGUAAACAAUUAUUUGAUAAAUGUCAAAUCAAAGAAUUGAACCCAAACAAAUAUCAAAAAGUAAUACAGAUAUUAAUUAAAUAAAAAAUGAGCUUUACAUGAACCUAUAACAAAAUUCCGCCCCCCUCCAAAAAAAAAAAAAACAAUUAUAGUGAAUAUAACUACAAAGUAAACUUAUUUUUCAUGGCAACUUUUUCUUCACACUUCCCAAGGUUUAGAACUGGCCAAUAGUUUCUGAAAGUUCAAAGAUAAGGUGUUAAUAAUAAGAAAAUGGGGACCCCUGUAUGUGUGCAAAAUGGGUUACUAAUAGCCUAGAACCAUUAUUAACAAUAAUAACUAACUUGGCAGUAAACCCGAUUGGUAACCUAAGAAUGCACACACUCAACAAAAACAAUGAAACAAUUUUUUUUUUACGUAUGCCUAUAAAUAUAUUUUUUUUAUACUAGUGGUUGGAAAAGUUUUUGAAGUUCAGUAAUCCGAAUUUUGGAUUUAUAAUAUUGUAUAGUAGUUUACAAAUUUGAAAACAACAACUUUUUAAAUACUCAUUUAAUGAAUUUAAAACAUGUAUCUUUUAAAUUCAUUAUUAGUCCUGCCAGUCAUAAGCAUCUUAAAGAGUGAAGGAAAAAUUGUCCUCUAAAAUAUGUUUGUUUUGUAAUUUAUUUUAUCCUCUUCUAGAUUUUGAGGGUAUUUUUUUUUUUGGAUUUUGUCAACACCAUUUUACAUAGUAAACAUAAAUAUUUAACUAUUGAUUUUAGAAUAUACAGAUGAUCUAAGCUAUAGAACAACUUGAAAACAAUAUUUUCUGGUGACUUCAGUGUACCUUCUCAUAGUGUAAAUGGGUGGGUGUUAAUAUCAGCAACUUGCUAUGUGGAAAUUUGUAAUUUGGACUAAAAUAAUGAUUCGUAAUUUGUGCCACUGCAGGUAACUGAAAAUAGUAUUUCUAAUUUGCGCCAUUGUAAGUAGUCGAAAAUAGUGUUUGUAAUUUAUACCAAAAUGAAUAUCUAUAUUAUAUUUGAUUACUUUAUCAAUAACUUUAUUAAUAUUGACAUUAAUAAUCAAGUAUCUAAAACUGGAAUAUUAUAUUAUUAGUUUAUCAUAACUAAAUAUCUUAAAUUCCGCUAUCAAAUUAAUAAGCAAUUUGAAUUUUGGUGCAAAUUAUACACGUAGUAUAUAUUUUGGGUCAGUUUUAAUGUAAAUUGUCACAGCCAUCUACACUUUGGUAAGGUGCCCUGGCUACCAUUGCAAGCAGAAAACUAAUUCCUUCCUGUCCUCAUUUUUCUGUACAGACUUAUCAGUAUAUUCUAAAAUCAAUAGUUUAAUUAUAUAUUAAUUUGUUUUUAGAUUCCAGUAUACACUAAAAUUAUGAGGUCAAAAAGUCUAGCUAAAACUCUGUUAAAAUCCCAAAAUAAGUUACCAGAUGAAGUAUAUAAUAAGUUAAAACUGGAAAUUGCAGAGAUAUAUAAUAUAAGGCCAGACAGAGUGUUUGACUCUUAUCUUGAAAUUUUACUCACCAUUAAAAACCUAAAGUAGUUAAAUUUAUUUUCAUGUUAAAAUUUAAUACUUAUACAAAUUAUAAUAUAUUUUUAAAGGUACACAGCAAAUGAUAAACAACAGAAUAAUGCUGCUGAAAAGGUAGUAAAACAUUUUUUGGAAUUAGAUGCUAUAAAUGAAUUAAAAGCAAUAUGGCGACAACAUUUCCUAGAUACAAUGAAACCUAAAUAUUUACCUCAGUUUUGGUCAGUUUCUUAUGAAGGAUAGAAGAAAUUAUUUAAUUCUGGUAUACAAAAUUGAAUACAAUAAUGACAAAUAAUAAUGUAAU